CCCCACGACGACGACUACUACUACAACAUGUCCGCUUCCGACUCGUACAUAAUAUCCGACAUGGCGGCCUCCUCCUCCGACCGCGAAGAUGACCUCGACUCCCUUCCCUCUAUGUCUAGCGGCGUGCUGAGCUCCGAGUCCGCCGACUCAGCUGACGCACAGCGCGAGUGGGAGGAGAGCCUUGAGCAGGUACAGCUGCUGCUUACAAUGGUGAUUGUACCGUUCGCGGGCAAGUACCUGGGGAGGAAAUUUGCGUAUUGGAGCUGGGCGAGAUACAUGGAAUGGGCACACGACGUCGAGAUACGAUGGACCAACAAAAAGACAUUUGCGGCCACGGGAGCCGCAGAGGCUGCUGCAUCUUUAUGAGCAGAAAAAUACACAGAAGAACCCACUGGAGAAGAACGGCUACUGCCACAGCGCUUGUGAGUCCACGCCCAGGACUGCUAGAGGCAGGCUCGGGAGGGACACGUCGUCUUGCGUUUUUAUGGGGCAGAAAGCAGUCAACACUAUCGAGCCAAGAACCUGCUUGAGCAUUGAUUCAUUUACUUGCUACGAGGCUUGUCCACCAUGGGCCCAGCAGGCCUCUAUAGAUAUGUGGGCUGUUGAGCGGCGCCACAACUAUUUCCUAGUGGACAUAGAGUCACUCAAUGAU